GGCUGCUCUCUUUCUAAACAGGAAGAGGAAGGGGGAGGGCAUUUCUUUAAAAGAAGGAAGUCAUUCGUGGACUGAUUCCGACUGAUUAUUGGACAGAUGACCCUUUGCUAUAGACCAAUUUCCAGAACAGCGGAAAUGAGCCAUCUGGCGGCAGUCAUUGCAAGGAAGAGGUUAGGGCUUUCUUUAACAGUGUGAUUCAAGGCAAUGCAAUUUUCAACUUCUCCCAGGUUUUUUCACUCCUAACCCCAGCUAUUGAGGAAUCUAGCUCCCCUUAUCCUUCGUAGAAGUCUGGAAGCAGGAAAGAUUCUUCUUCUUCGGUAUUCAACCCGAAACCGGCAGAUGGCCAGUGACCCAAGAAAACAAAGGAAUCGGUUACAUUUUUCAACGGUAUAACAGUAGCUACGCUAGCUCAGUACGAAGCUAUUUUGGUCUUCCGACAUCCCGGUGGCUCUAAACAAGAUCAGUUAAAGCUUCUAACUCGAAGGAAAAGAACCGUGGAACGAUUUAAGAAUGCCCUGUAGCCAUCCAGACGGAGGAAUCCAGGCGCAAGUCCUGGAACACGGCUGGGAGAAAGGUCGCAAAGAGAGCCUUUUGCCGAUAAGCAAGUCAAGUGCCUGGCAGCACAUCUGGUUACCGUACAAGGACAGAAUAGUGGGCUAUUGCCCUUGGGCUUGGUUCCGUUCAACCAUCAAGAAAGCAUCAACCGGAUUCAUUGAACUGAAAAAGCAUUUCUCUUUCGACAGAAAGCCUUUAUCGCUCGAGCUGAAACAAUUGAAUCACCCUCUGGUCCGGGAAUAGAGUCAGAACUGAUAGCCAUUUCCCCUUUCUCUGGGUAUUUAUUAGUGUAGGUGGUUCUCCCGUGGUAAGCUAUAUUACUACUGGCUUGGCUAUUUCGAAAGAAAAGGAUUCGCUUUUUCGGGUGAUUGAACUAAACAAAGAAUUUAACUAAGUGGCCUUGCUUCUUACCCCGUAGUGGGAUAUUUUUUUACAAUCGAUCGUAGAUUCCCUGGCUUGGCUAGGAACCUAGUCCCUUCUUGUGACAACAGAAGAGAAGAAAUUGCCUUUUUCCUCUCUUUUUCGCAGAUUCCUGGCUUGGGUCCCUUCUUUCGCCUUCAAGAUGCAUUGCUUCGGUCUUCUUUGAGUGAGAUAGACUCAGAUUCCAGUUCUACCAUGGGCGUAGCCUCAAAGCUACUUUUUCCGUAAAGAAGUGGUGCCCUUGAUUCUAGAUAAGUAAUUGGUUUGCUAGUCUUCCAUCUAUCGGGAUAUCUUCUUACCUUCGGACUUGACUCUUGAUUAAGCUCUUUGAUGGGCAAAUGCCAAUAGUUCAGAUAUCCACGAACACAGAAUAGGAGAUGGGGCAUUGUCACAUGAAGAAGAGUAGGCUCAGGCGAGAGAGAUUGAAUGAAAAUAGAAGUCAGGC